AUGGAUUCGACUCGUACGAAACGGAUGGGUAGAUGGCCAUGGUGGAAGUACUUCCCGAUAAUUGUUGGGGUAUUGUUGGUCUUCGGCAUCAUCGUAGGAGCGGUGUAUAUAUACCUCAUCACCGCCCUCAUCCAUAAGUUUACUCCUCCACCAAACUACAGCGGUCUUCAACACAUCGUCGAGAACUGGGCGGCACCGGAUACCUACGGUGCCCAUGAAGUUGCCUGGCGGGACGACUUCAGCCGCGACAUCGUGCCUAAGAAGUGCCAUUCACACAAUGACUACUGGCGAUCUAUACCGCUCUUUAGCGCACUUGCAGCCGGUUGUACAAGCGUGGAAGCAGACGUGUGGCUGGCGGACGACGGAGCGCUUCUUGUGAGCCACUCAUGGGAAUCGACUACGCCACCGCGGACACUGAAAAGUCUUUAUCUGGACCCGUUAACGUGGAUCUUGACCAAGCGAAAUGUCUCCCAGGCAUCUGUAUACCACAGAGAAAUUGGGGUUUUCGACGCAGACUCAGACGCUUCUGUCGUUCUUCUAGUUGACUUCAAGAACGAUGCGUAUGCAAUCUGGAAUGCGCUCCUGGCACAGCUACAGCUUCUUCGGGAUAGAAACUGGCUCACGUACUACGACGGCGAGAAGAUGCAUCAUGGACCGCUCACUAUCGUCGGCACAGGCAAUAUCGCCCUGGAGUCUGUCCUAUCGAACCACACCAAUCGCUUCGUCUUCUUCGAUGCGCCGCUUCUGUCUAUUGCCACCGGCAACACUACUUUCAACAAUACAAACUCGUACUACGCCAGUGUCAGUCUCAAAGAUGCAAUUGGUAAAAUUUGGUUCAACCGACUGAGCGCAGAGCAAGAGAAGAUCCUGAAAACCCAGAUCGAGAUGGUGCAGGAGACGGGAUUAAUGAGCAGAUAUUGGGAUACUCCUGGUUGGCCGAUUAGUCUGAGAGACAUGCUGUGGUUUAAGCUCACGGAAUUUGGCGUCGGAGUGCUCAAUGUAGAUGACUUGGUGUCGGCAACGAAGUGGAAUUGGCAUCAGUGCGUCGUCGCUGGCAUGACCCUCUGCUGA